GGAACCCCUUGGGGAAUGGGGUCCUGCAGAGGGGAGUCCCAGGGACCCUUGGGGAAUGGGGUUCCCAGUAAUUCCUGCUCCUGGGAGAAUCCCUGGUUGCUCCCUGUCCUGUGCCCCCUUCCCCCAGGACUGAGAUCUUCUCGGGCAAGGCGGUGACACACGAGGACAUCAAGUACGAGCAGGCCUGCGUCCUCUACAACCUGGGAGCUCUGCAUUCCAUGCUGGGAGCCAUGGACAAGCGCGUGUCCGAGGAGGGCAUGAAGGUUUCCUGCACCCACUUCCAGUGUGCUGCUGGUGCCUUCACCUACCUGCGGGACCACUUCCCACAUUCCUACAGCGUGGACAUGAGCCACCAGAUCCUCAGCCUCAACAUCAACCUCAUGCUGGGCCAGGCACAGGAGUGUCUCCUGGAGAAGUCCAUGCUGGACAACAGGAAAAGCUUCCUCGUGGCCCGGAUCAGUGCCCAGGUGGUGGAUUACUACAAGGAGGCCUGCCGGGCCCUGGAGAACUCGGAGACAGCCUCACUGCUGGGCAAGAUCCAGAAGGAUUGGAAGAAGCUGGUCCAAAUGAAAAUCUAUUAUUUUGCUGCCGUGGCCCACCUGCACAUGGGGAAGCAGGCCGAGGAGCAGCAGAAGUUUGGGGAGAGGGUCAUCUACUUCCAGAGCGCCCUGGACAAGCUCAACGAAGCCAUCAAGCUGGCCAAGGGCCAGCCUGAAACUGUGCAGGAAGCUCUGAGGUUCGCCAUGGAUGUCAUUGGUGGGAAGUACAAUUCAGCCAAAAAGGACAACGACUUCAUCUACCACGAGGCUGUGCCCGCGCUGGACACUCUGCAGUCUGUCAAAGGUGCCCCCUUGGUGAAGGCUCUGCCCGUCAACCCCACGGACCCCGCGGUCACCGGCCCCGACAUCUUUGCCAAGCUGGUGCCCAUGGCUGCCCACGAGGCCUCGUCCCUGUACAGCGAGGAAAAGGCCAAACUGCUGCGGGACGUGAUGGCCAAGAUCGAAGCCAAGAACGAAGUGCUGGACCAGUUCAUGGACUCCAUGCAGCUGGACCCCGAGACCGUGGACAACCUGGACAUGUACAACCACAUCCCGCCCGUGCUGAUGGAGAAAUGCGCCGCGCUCAGCGUGCGCCCGGACACCGUGCGCAACCUCGUGCAGUCCAUGCAGGUGCUCUCGGGGGUCUUCACCGACGUGGAGGCGUCGCUGAAGGAGAUCCGGGACCUGCUGGAGGAGGACGAGGCGCAGGAGCGGAAGCUGCAGGAGCUGCUGGGGAGGGUCCCGCCGGCCCCAGCGUCCCCCCCGGGGCUGGCCGAGGUGAGCAAGGAGUGCUCCAAGUACCUGGAGCUGCACGAGAAGGCGAGCUUCACCAACACCGAGCUGCACCGCGCCAUGAACCUGCACCUGGGCAACCUGCGCCUGCUGGGCGGCCCCCUGGAGCAGGUGCGGGCCGCGCUGCCCACCCCCACGCUCUCCGAAGACGACAAACAGGUGCUGCAGAACCUGAAGCGGAUCCUGGCCAAGGUGCAGGAGAUGCGGGACCAGCGCGUGUCCCUGGAGCAGCAGCUGCGGGAGAUGAUCCAGAAGGAUGACAUCACCACCUCGCUGGUCACCGCUGACCGCUCCGAGAUGAAGAAGCUCUUCGAGGAGCAGCUGAAGAAGUACGACCAGCUCAAGGUGUACCUGGAGCAGAACCUGGCUGCCCAGGAGAACGUGCUCAAGGCCCUGACGGACGCCAACGUCAAAUACGCGGCCGUGCGCAAGGCCCUGGCCGAGGUGGAGCACAAGUGGAACACGACCGUGCAGACCCUGGUGGCCUCCUACGAGGCCUAUGAGGACCUGAUGAAGAAGUCCCAGGAGGGGAAGGAUUUCUACACGGACCUGGAGGGGAAGGCGGCCAAGCUGCUGGAGCGGGCCCGGGCCGCGUGCCAGGCCAGCGAGGCCCACCGGCAGCAGCUGCUGGAGAGGGAGCUGAAGAAGCAGCCGCCCCCCCGGCCCACGGCCCCCAAGCCCCCCCUGCAGAAGAAGGCUCUGGACGAGGCCGGGGGCCCCGAGGCCGCCGAGCUGGGCUCCCUGGCGCUGUCGGAGCUGCCGGAGGAGCUGCGGAGCCUCCCCCCGGAGCUGCUGCCCGGGCCCCUGGGCCAGCUGCCGCCCCCAGCGCUGGCCGCCCUGGCCGGGGGGCUGCGGCCCGCCGAGCCCUACAUGCUGCCGGGGGGGGUGGCCAGCGCCCCGCUGCCCCCCCUGGCCCCCGCGCCCCCCUUCCCGGGGCACUACCGCCUGCCCGGGCCCUUUCCUGCCCCCGGGGGGGUCCCGGGGCAGCUCCUGCAGCCCUCGGCCCCGGCCCCCGGCCCCGCCGCCCCCCAGCUCUUCCCGGCCGCGCCGCUGAUCCGCGCCCCGGCGCAGCCGGCCUUCGGGGGGGGCCCCCACGUGCCGCCCAGGCCCCCCUGCCCUUCCAGCAGCCCCCCCGAGUCGCCCUGGCGCCCCCGGCCCAGUUCCCGCAGCAGCAGCAGCGCUUCGGCGCUCCGGGGGCGCAGCUGCCCCCGCCGGCCCCGGCGCAGGCCCCGCUGCCGCCCCAGCUCUACCAGCUCCCGGGGCAGGACCAGCUGCCCGCCACGGGCCUCGCCCCGCACCCGGGGGCCGUGCCCUUCCCCAGGACCCCCGCCCAGAGCGGCCCCCCGGCCCUGGGCGGGCUCCAGCCGGUGCCCCCCGCCCUGCCCUUCUGCCCCACCGGCUCCCCCCGGCGCCCAGCUGCCCCCCGGGACCAUGGCCCUGGGUCCCCCCGCGCCCGCCCCGCCCAGCCAGGCCCCUUCCCCCGGGCCGCUGCCGGGCGCCGUGGUGGUGCAGGGCCCGCUGGUCCCGUCCCCGGCGCCGUCCCCGUCCCCAGCGCUGCCCAUGCAGCCCCCGGCGCCGCGGCCCCCGCCGGGCUCCGCGGAGGCGCCGUUCCCUCGGCAGAGCCCCUGCCCCGCCGACCUGCUGUCGUCCAGCCCCGAGAGCCAGCCCGGCGGCUCGGCCGCGCCCGGGGGGCUGCUGCAGCCCACCAAGGCCGGGGCACAGGAGGGGCAGCGGCCCCGGGCCGUGCAGCUCAUUGAGGCCGACCCGUACGCGGAGCCCGAGCGCGUCCGGCGGCUGCUGGCGGAGCUGGAGCGCUUCCGCGGCCUGGCCGAGCGGCUGGAGCGGCCCGCGCCCGGCGGCGGCUCCGAGCUGGACGCGCUCUGGAAGGAGCUGCAGGAGGCCCAGGAGCGCGACGCCCGGCAGCGCUCCAUCGCCAUCGCCCGCUGCUACUCCAUGAAGAACCGGCACCAGGACAUCAUGCCCUACGACCGCAACCGCGUCGUGCUGCGCUCGGGCAAGGACGACUACAUCAACGCCAGCCGCGUGGAGGACCUGUCCCCGUACUGCCCCGCGCUCGUUGCCACCCAGGCCCCGCUGCUCGGCACCGCCGCCGACUUCUGGCUCAUGAUCUACGAGCAGAAGGUGUCCGUGGUCGUCAUGCUGGUGUCCGAGCAGGAGCUGGACAAGAAGGUGCUCCGGUACUUCCCGUCGGAGCGGGGCCAGCCCGUGGCCCACGGGCCGCUGACCGUGGUGCUCACCAGCCUGCGUGUGACCCCCACGCACGUGGAGCGGAUGCUGACGCUGCAGUACCGGGACCAGAGCCUCAAACGCACCGUGGCGCACCUCCAGUUCACCUCCUGGCCUGAGCUGGGCCUGCCCGACAGCAAGGGGAGCCUCCUGCGCUUCAUCCAGGAGGUGCACGGCCAUUACCUGCACCAGCGGCCGCUGCACACCCCGGUCGUGGUGCACUGCAGCUCCGGCGUGGGCCGCACCGGCGCCUUCUGCCUGCUGUACGCCGCCGUGCAGGAGGUGGAGGCCGGGAACGGCAUCCCGGACCUGGCGCAGCUGGUGAGGCGGAUGCGGCAGCAGCGCAAGCACAUGCUGCAGGAGAAGCUGCACCUCAAGUUCUGCUUCGAGGCCGUGCUGCUCCACGCCGAGCAGGUGCUGCUGCGCCACGGCGUGGGCGGCCCCAGCCUGGCCAAGCCCCCCAACAGCACCUCCCCCAAGCUCUACUUCCAGCAGGACCCCCAGGACCUGGUGCUGGGGGGGGACGUGCCCAUCAGCUCCAUCCAGGCCACCAUCGCCAAGCUCAGCAUCAAAGCGGGGGGGCCCAGCGCCGAGCCCGGGGAGGGCUGGGGGGCGGACCCCGGCCCCGCUCCGGGCCCCGUGGAGCCCGAGGCGCCGCUGGCGAUCCCUGACGGCGUCGUGGAUGGUGUUGGUGUCCCCGACCCCGAGCCCCCCGCCCCGAGGCCGCCCCUCCCGGAGGCGCCGGGUGACACUGAGAGCAGCAACCACGUCGGGGGGGAGAGCCCCGAGGGGCCGGGGGGGCCGCCAGAGCCCCCCGCUGCCCCCCCGGCCUCCUCCUCCUCCUCCCUGGAGCUCUUGGCCUCGCUGACGCCCGAGGCCUUCAGCCUGGACGCGUCCCUCAAGGGCAAGCAGCGCAUGAACAAGCAGAACUUCCUGCAGGCACAGCCGGGCGAGGGGCUGCGGGCGCCCCGGCCCAGCGACGACCCCCUCAGCAUGCUCGACCCCCUCUGGACCCUCAACAAGGCGUGAGGGGGGCGGGGGCCCCCCGGCCCCCAGCCCCACUUUGUUUGACUCCGGGUAGAACUGACUUUUUCAGCUCUUUGCUACUAAAAUAAAGCGAGUUUAUCUGCA